CACCUGCAACGUUAGACGAUUUUUGUAAAUGGCCGCACUGGUAGCGUGGUUGUUAGCAGUCAUUUAGGUUAUGUUUAAUUUGUCUGUUCACGUAUUUAUGUUGUACUGCCUUUUUAAAUUCAUAAACAACAGUGAAACUUCAGAAAUAGUGAAUACAAGACAUUGGAAAACGAUUCAACGAUACAGAAUAGUAUAAGAGUUUAUUUCUCAGUCAUCAAACAUGCCAACUUGGAAUCAAAUUCAAGCACAACUUCGUAAUCCGAAUAAUCCUGUUGUGUUUUUCGACGUGUCCGUCGGCACAACGGAAAUUGGCCGAAUGAUAUUUGAACUCUUUGAAGACGUCUGUCCAAAAACAUCUGAAAAUUUUCGACAAUUUUGCACUGGAGAGUACAGGAAGGAUGGUGUACCCUUAGGUUUUAAAGGAGCUAUUUUUCAUAGAGUGAUAAAGGACUUCAUGAUCCAAGGAGGAGACUUCGUCAAUGGAGAUGGUACUGGUGUACUCAGUAUAUACGGUGGUGGAACCUUUCCUGACGAAAAUUUCACUCUGAAACAUGACUCUCCUGGAUUGUUGUCGAUGGCCAAUAGUGGUAAAGACACCAACGGAUGUCAGUUUUUCAUUACAUGUGCAAAGUGUAACUUCUUGGAUGGAAAACAUGUUGUUUUUGGGAGAGUGAUUGAUGGACUUUUGGUUAUGAGAAAAGUAGAAAAUGUACCUACGGGACCAAACAAUAAACCUAAGAUUCCAGUGACGAUAUCUCAGUGUGGACAGAUGUGAUUCCACUUCUUUAAAAUGAUACGAUACUUUCAAUAAAUACUCUAUUUUUAUUUCGAAA